GUUCACUUACUUUUCCCUUCUCUUUCUUCUAAUUUUUCAUUUGUUUCCUAGGGUCUCAUUUGUUCUUCUGACUGCAUUUUGAUUUUCUCGCUUCCCAAGCAUCCCCUUAAACGCCAAAAAAUGAGUAACGACAACGCAGAUAACCUCGACGUAUCCGAUCUCGGCGCCGCCCUCCCCGCCGCUGCUGCCGCUUUGAGCGCAGAGGAUCGCGCCGGCCUGGUUAAUGCGCUUAAGAACAAGCUUCAAAAUUUAGCGGGACAACAUACUGAUAUACUAGAAACUCUAUCACCAAAUGUCAGAAAGCGUGUUGAGAUUCUCAGAGAGAUCCAGAGUGAACAUGAUGAACUGGAGAAGAAGUUUUUUGAGGAGAGAGCUGCAUUGGAGGCUAAGUAUCAGAAACUUUAUGAACCACUUUAUACAAAGAGAUAUGAAAUUGUAAAUGGUCUAGUGAAAGUUGAAGGAGAAACAAAUGAAGCUGUAAUGGACAAAGAAGGGGAUAAAGGUGUAGAAGAAAAAGGAGUGCCUGACUUUUGGCUCACUGCAAUGAAAACAAAUGAAGUUUUGGCUGAGGAAAUUUCAGAGCGGGAUGAAGGGGCUCUCAAGUAUCUUAAAGAUAUCAAGGGGGGCAAAAUUGAUGAUCCUAAAGGUUUCAAGCUGGAAUUUUACUUUGAUUCGAAUCCUUAUUUUAAGAAUUCUGUCCUCACAAAAACUUAUCACAUGGUUGACGAUGAAAAUGAGCCCAUUUUGGAGAAAGCAAUUGGAACGAAGAUUGAAUGGUAUCCUGGGAAAUGCCUGACACAGAAAGUCCUGAAAAAGAAGCCAAAAAAAGGAUCAAGGAGUGUUAAGCCCAUCAUAAAAACUGAAAAUUGUGAAAGUUUCUUCAAUUUCUUCAACCCCCCUCAAAUACCAGAUGAUGAUUAUGAUAUUGAUGAUGAGCUUGCUGAGGAACUUCAGGAUCGAAUGGAACAUGACUAUAACAUUGGUUCGGCAAUUCGGGACAAACUAAUUCCUCAUGCGGUAUCAUGGUUUACGGGGGAAGCUGUUCAGGGGAACGAGUAUGAUGGCUUAGAAGGUGAUUAUAACAGUGAUGACGAAAAUGGUGAUGAGGAUGAGGAUGAAGAUGAGGAUGAGGAUGGAGAUGAGGAAGAAAAAGGCGAGGGCAAAUAAAAGUUAAUAGCUCGUUAAGAUUUCACUGAAUCCAUACUCUCGCAUUUGAAGUUCUGUGAUAUAGCUUGUUUCUGAAAAUUAAGUUUGUUCGUUAUUUUAUCCUUUCAUAUGUUGAAAAUUUCCUGCAUUCAGUUAUUGAGCAUAUAAUGGCCACAAGAAUGUUAUUGGGUUUAUAAUGAGAUGGUACCAUAUGUUUAGUCUAUAGACAUGUGGCUUUACAAGGCAUGCGA